CUCUGACUAGUUCCCAGACUGAAAAGACCGGUCCGGCGGUAAACAAGUUAUGUCCCUUACCUGUUGUCAACCUAAUUUAAACAAGUUAUGUCCCUUAUCUGUUGUCACCCUGAUUUGUGGUUCUUUGCUUUAAUGAUUAGUUUUGAAUUGCCUUCAGUCUGGAUUUAUUCUUCAAUCAAAUUUAUCGAAAUAAACGUGUGUAUGAUAUGACCUUAUAUCUCUAUGGACGCGUUCAGAGUUUAGUUCGUAUGUUCAAAGUUAUUUUAAAACUUUAGUUUAUUCCUAUUGCAAAUUAUAAGGUGUUGUUGUUAUCCUUUCAAUUAUGGCACUAGCGUUUGAAAACUACGGUAAGUCAAAGUUUUCUUUAAAAUUUAUUUAAAAUGAUCUUUCAUCCCCUAGUUUUGAAUCUGUUUACAUUAUUAAUUUAUUUAAGACUAUUUGACCUAAACUCCGUUUGGAUUUGUCAUGACAUGUGAUAUUUUCGGAAAAUUAGAUUUAUGAAAGUGAAAAGGCUGCUGCCUACUGUAUGCGAUCACUCACUGACAAUAACAUUUUUUUUUAAUAACAACAACAAAAAAUAAGAAGAAGAAGAAUAAAGUGUUUGGGGUAUGUCCCUUACCUGUUGUCAACCUAAUUUAAACAACACGACACUGUGUUCAAUUUUUUUUCUAAGAGGAAAAUUAGAGGCAUAAAGAUACUGGUUAAAUGUUUAAAAAAAAUUCUUUUAUUGUUUUUAAGUAUCCCAAUUUUUGACACUCUUUCAUUGACCUUACAAAAUUAAUGAAUUAAUGAAUGUCCUUUUUUUUCUUACUUGCAGAUGCCUGGGUUCUGUCCCCUUACUGCUUCUGUCCGAACAAAAAUUGGCGUAAGUAAAAUCAUUUAUGGAUCAAGUCAAGCAAAUGUAGAAUUAGAGAAAACUAUGAAGAAAAAACAACAGCAUAGUAACUCAUUUAUUUUUCAGGAAGCUCCGUUAUAAACCUUACUAAGCGAACACAACUUUAAAAAAAUAUUUUUAUUCUGAUAAAAACCAAACCUGACAUGACCAUUUUUUUUUUCGAGGCGCAAAAUCUCCAUACCAUUCACAAAAAUUUCAUUUUAAGGUCAUCAUUUCUAAGUGCAUACGUUAAGCAUUAUUUAUGAAAAACUAAAGGACGAAAAGAGAAAGGAAAAGGGGUGAACAGAAAGCAUUAUUAUUAUUCUUUUAAUAAAAUUUUAAGAACAGAUAGAUAACGAAAAGAUGUCUGGUCAUCGGUGAUACGGUAAAAUCACGCGGUUUAUUUAUACAAGCAGGUGCGUGGCAAGCAACGACCAAAGCUACGCCCGGGGCAAAGUCUCAAUCUGGGCGCUCUAAAUCCCCCAAAUAAUAAUCGAUAUACUGUACCGGUACACAUAUUUUUCAUGACAAUUUACAAUGUUAGUGCCUUCUAAAGAUGGUGGCCGGGUUUGUGCCAUUUUUUAUCGCACGACACUGUGAACAACUUAAUAUAAGCAGUGCGUGAAUAGACCUAACUCCCCAAUAAUUAUACCCAACACCAGUUAUCUCACAGUCAAUGACAGUGUCUUUUCUCAUGACUUAUUUCCACACGAUCCUCUACACUCUAAAAGUUUCGGUGGAAGGACUCAGCUACAUUGACGGCCCCGUCAUAACACAACUGGAAGGUGACGGCAUGGCAGCUCUCCCAGGUUUGAGCAGACACGAAACGGCACUACUGGCUGCUCUGCUCAUGGCCCUGGCUGUAUUCCUGUUUCUCCUUUACCUCCUCGUCUGCUGUUUGUGUCCGUUCGGCCUGUGCUGUGGAAAGAAUGGGUGGUGCUGCUCCAAGACUGGACACAGUAAAAAUGCGUAAGCCAAAAAGAGCAUAAAAAGGGGUGGGGGUGGAGGGUAAAUAAAUUUUAAGGGAAAAAAAAGCAUAUUCCAAAUUUGUGUAAAGAAUAAAGUGUGUAACUAAUAUUUUUAUCUAUUCAAAUUUUAGGAAAGUGUCCUCUGGCAAGGGCAGCUCUGCUGUAAACCUCACAGCUGUGUAAGUUUUAAUGGUUAACUUCAGUUUCCAUCAGAUACCAGAGUGUACACCUUACGUCAUGAUUAUUUCCGCUAUGCAUUAAUGUACAUUGUGCAUUGUGCAGAUGUAAAUGACGUCAGUGAGCCAUCGAGCUUAAGCAUCAAGCUCUAAAUCCCCUCCACCCCUCCCCCCCCCCCCCCCCCCCAAAACCCCAGACCUGAAAACUCACCUUAUCUCUCGAGCCGCGAAGCGGUUCGUUAGAGAUCACCUCCUGCUAGGACAGCCCCCGCCCCUAACUUCACUCGACUGAUUAGCUUUACGGAGGCCAUCUCAACCUAAGGAUAUCCGGUCAGCCGGUGAGGUUGCUCUCCAAACAUCAGCAGUCCCAUUUCUCCGUGGUCGGUGUUGUAUAUUUACGUCCUAAUAUCUCCCACCCCACGCUCAUCUCGGGGAAGCGUCGCCCUCUAACAGAGGUUUUUUUGUUUUUUUUACAGCUGGUUUCUACUUCGCAUAUAGUUCACGUAGUAGCUGGGACAAAACGGUUGACUAGAAACAGCCUCCUCCCUCAAUGGAUGUGUAUAUAGAUGUGCAUAAAAGAAUGGAGAUAUUUAAGAAGAAUGAUUAAAUCAAGGAUGUCGCUCUCAUCUCCCCCAUCCCUCAUUUAAAAUCCCCUUCUCUCAAAAAUUUAUGAACAAAUUUCAUGUAGAUACCGUAGUACUCAUCGAAUAUGAACAUAAUAUAUAUAUAUAUAUAUAUAUAUAUAUAUAUAUAUAUAUAUAUAUAAUAUAUAUAUAUAAUAAACUGUUUUGUUAUAUCAUUAAACUGUUGUGUUCCACAGAGAUAUGAAGAUACCAAGACCUUGGAUGGACGGCUACUCUGGGUAAGACGAAAAAGGAGACUUUAAAAAACAAACAACUGAAAAAUAAAUUUGUAAGAUACAUUCUACCCUCUUUAUCAAAGAUCAGCUCGAUUUGGACGAAUUCUUUCUCUUAAACUUAAAGUUAGGACCGAAAGAUAUCAAAGUUCAUUUGUUCCUCAGUCUGCACGAAUUUACCAGCGUGAUGCCCCAGCAGUUACCAAAUCUUUUUUUAUUUUUUUAUUUGUUAACUUUUCAGAUACUCGGACUCGGAGUUAGAAAAAACUAAACGCUCCACGGAUUUGACGAGAUGGGAUGAUGACGAAAACCUGUGGGGUAGAGGCAGUGAGUAUUAGUUAUUGGUGCAUGAAACAAGGCAGAUAUUGAGAUAGAUUUUGUUGGUGGCGUGAAAUGGCAUUUCUAUUUAGUGAUAGCCCCCCCCCCCCCCAAACACCCCCACUCUUCAACUAGAUUAAAGUGAGGAAAGAUUAAAAGUACCGGUACCCGCAGAAAUGGAUGACAAGUAUUUUAAGCAAUGGUUUACAACAUAUUCCAACACUAUCCAUUAUCCACUCUAGUUUAUGUAUUUCUAGAGCUGUGACUCAAAUUCCCCAUUAAAUUGAUUUGGUCUACAAACCCCUGUGUGUGCAAAUGUAUACCAACAAAUAUAGUGUGCAGUUUGUAUGAUUUUUUUCCCUCAAUAAAUUUAUCCCGAAGGUACUCGAGGUUUCAGCAACAGUGCAUUCCAGGGCGAUAACUUAAAAAAUGGAGGCUGGUUCUCAACAUCAGACUUGGACAGUGUUUAUGGUGUGGGGAGAGACAGAAGUGUUCGAUCUAAGCAGGCUUGGAUGGGCACAAGGAGUGGAGACAAGGGAAGGCAAUUCAUUUCAAUGGGUGGAUACUACCGUAAGUUAUUUUUAUUUAUAGUUAGCGAGCAUAUUUUAAAACAGUAUGACCAGCGAACUAUAAAUUAUUAGAUCAAGACAUAGAUACAUUUGACUUGAUAUUCUUAUGAAAACGAGAAUUUGGUUAACUUUAGAAAAUGGAAGAUUAUCAAGGUAUUGGCAUUUUUUAUCCGGAUAUUGGAAUUGUUAAGAAAUUAAACUGUAUCGGGUAGCUGAGGAAAGUUGUCCUAAUUUUUCACACUACCCACACAAAAACCUCAUACAUUAUAUUUGUAUAAAGGCAAUGAUGGAAAAGUUUUAUUGAGUAAAAAUCUAACAGCUAAAACAUUAUUUGAAGGCAGAAACAAAAUGUCAAAGCGUAAAGAGCAUUCGUGCUUUAUAUUUUAAAACUUAAAACAAUUUAAUCAACAAGAUUUACCAAUAACAUUGAACUGAGAAUUGAGAUAAUAUAAAAUAUAAUGAAAUCACAAACCUUUACCCCCUCAGUUAGCUCAGCCAACAAGAAGGAUUAUGGGAAUGUGAAUUCUUCAGUGAGAAGGCGAAGGAGCUUCAGUGACUUUAUAGAUCAGGUGAUGAGCCCUUACAGCACAGAUGACACCAGAAACGCCAGAGACAAUCAUUCUGGCAACUAUGGAGACUCUGUUCACAGACACGCAGAGAUUUACAGCGUCGUGGGGCCAGGUGGGCUUCAGAAGGAAGACAGGGGUCAAGUUAUAGAGACAUCGACCUACAAUAAACGGGAGGCCGUAAGGUCACUGGCUCAACCUGUUUCCAUAGCUGGCAAUGGUAUGUAAUUUAAUUAGUGUAGAGGCUUGAGCAUGCCAUUCAUACAAUACAUACUAAUUCAUAGUGCAAAUUAACCUUAAAAUUUUUAAAAAUAUAAAAUUAAAAUAAUGAACAAAUCUUUAUCAAGACCAAAAUUCUACUCCUAUGAAUGCCAUCACUGAGAUAUCAUUGGGCAACACCACAAGAGAUUCGGACCCUGCGGGCACCCUGGUGGUCUACAAUGGUGACAGCGGCAAGCCCGAUGGCUAUGCCCACAGCUAUAAGACUACAAGCAUGACCAGCGUUGACAACGGCAGUGACGGAAGUAUGGAGAGGAACUUUCAUAGGUAAACAGAAAGACACAUGAUGAUGUCUGGGUCACAGCAACUAAAUAUAAAUAUCUCCUACAAGUGAGGGAGGCAAGGGAAAAUAAAUGAUGUGUGCAUGUGGGCGGGGGCAGCAAACAGAGCAAAACAUACUAUGAUAUAACUCUGCCAAAUGUAAAAAUAAAAUUCUUUAAAUAAUUUUGAGAACAAUCUAAAGAAGACUCUGUAGCCUUGUAAGCCAGCUACACCAGGGCAGAACCUUCAAGUUGAUUCACUUUCACUAGGGCAUUUUUUUUUUUAUUACUUCAAAAUAUUCUCAUUAAAAUUUAUGUGUCUUACAGAGACAGCGCUUACCCCCAACACAACUUGAUCACAGAGAUAACGUCUUCAUACAAGAAGCGAGUCAUUGAAGAGACAGAGACAGUCACAAUAUAAAAUUAUGUUAACAGUAAUGUACCAGUAAACUCACUAAUGAUAGAGUUGUGUCAUUUCAAGUGUUGUACAAAAACUAAUUGCUACAUCUUUGUCAAAGUUUUUAUUUUAAAAAAUGUAACCCUCAAUUUGAAAAUAUAAAUGUUAAAAAAAAUGAGUUCACCAUAUAGAAAAUAAUUCAAAAGACAACUAUAUAGAUUAUAGAAAAAGUAUAGAUUAUGGAUAAAGAAUAGAUGGUGGAAAAAGAAUUAUGCAUAGAGUAGGGACAACUGGAAAUAAGUAAAACAAAGUAAGGUCACACCUGAAAAAAGGAACACAACAAAACAACAAACUUGUCGGCAGGAAGCCUUCGCCAGCGAACAAACAGAAAAAAAUUAAAAAUAGCACUUAGUUAAGAAGUAGUGUCCGAGAGGGCAGCAAAAGAAUUGUGUGUAAAUAUAAAAGAACUACCACAAAGCUCCAAGUACAAUAAUAUGGUAGAUCCCCCCUUAAAUAUUAUAUGCUUAAGGGUCUGCGAAACUUAACUUCAUUAACUUGUAACAGAGUUGUUUAGAAGUUUUAGAUCAAGCUAAUAUAAUGUUAAGAGGUAUUUUGAGACUAAGAAAAUGUGUUUAAAUUCACAAUAAGCUUCAGUGCAUAUACGUUUUUAAACCUGCAUUUUUAAACAUGUUUGUCUUCUUUGGCCAUGGGUAUAUUGUAAACCACAUUUUCUCCUGUAGUCAAUUACAAAUUAAAGCAAAUAUACUCUUUUGCAUUUAGCAGUGUAAUCUUUUUUGAGGCUAUAAACAUGUUAUUUUGUAUGACAUGUUAUUUUGUAUGAUGAGCUAACCCACAUCAGCUGAGCAAAGACC